UUCUUUUUUUUCUUUUUUAUUUUUUCUUAGUUUAUUUGAAAUUGUCAGUAAAGAAAUUAUGUUUUCUUUAAGUAGAAACUACUUUAAUGUAGUUUUCUUGAUCUUUGUCAUUAUACUUCUUCUUUUCUUCAACAGUCUCAAUUUUGUCGUCAGUACAAUCUCUCAACUGUCACCCUUGUCUUCUUCAGAUGAAAGUCAACAAUUUGUACAAGAAGUUUUAUUACCAGAGGACCAGAAUUAUUGCAAGCCAAAUGGACUCAUCAAAGAUACCUGUUGUGAUUACCAAAGUGUUGAAAGUAUACAAGGUGAUAUGUUUCCCAAAGUUGAGGCAUUAGUAAAAAGCAAGUUUUUCAAAUAUUACAAGUUAAACUUGUGGCGCGAAUGCCCAUUUUGGAAUGAUGAUGGCUUAUGUAUGAAUAGAGAUUGUUCUGUACAAACCACAGAUGAGUCAUUGUUACCAGAGGAAUGGAGACAAGAAGCGUUAGGUGCUAUUCAAAUGUCACCUAAAGGAUCGGCAUUUCAACCCUUCAAAGUAUGUACAUACAAAGAUCAAGAUUUUUGCGCUGGAGAUGAUCCAACAGAAGAUAUGGUAUAUGUAAACUUACUGGAUAAUCCUGAAAGAUUCACAGGUUAUACUGGACCAUCAGCGGCCAAGGUGUGGAAAGCGAUCUAUGAAGAAAACUGUUUUAACAUUGUACACAAGAUGUCUGAAGGAUGUCCUACAUGUUCAGCACUUCCUUCAGAAGAAUCCUCUUCGAAUUUUUCUCCUCUUGAUGGGUUGACCAAGGUUCCAUCCAGCAAAGCUCAAUUGGGUGCAUUAUUACAAGAUUUGGCUGAAGCUCCGGAUGAUAUCGAUCAUGGCGAUGAUGGUGAAGUUUGUCUUGAAAAACGGGUAUAUUAUAGAUUGAUUUCUGGUUUACAUUCAUCGAUUUCUAUUCAUAUCUGUGAUGAAUAUUUCGACCGCACCACUGGCAAAUGGGGACCUAAUUUGGAAUGUUUUGUUCAACGUAUUGGUGCACAUCCUGAACGGUUAGGCAAUAUUUAUUUCACUUAUGCUUUGGUCUUGCGCGCUGUGACUAAAUUGGAUAGCUAUCUUGCUCAAUAUCCUUUCCAAACGGGCGAUCAAAUUGAAGAUGAACAUACCCGGGCACUGAUUCGUGAUUUGAUCUCCAGUACAAAGGAAUGUCCAGCUACAUUUGAUGAAACAACCAUGUUCAAAGGACCAGAUGCAAGGUCAUUGUAUCUAGAAUUUAGAGAUCACUUCCGAAAUGUAUCAAGAAUCAUGGAUUGCGUUGGAUGUGAAAAAUGUCGAUUAUGGGGUAAGGUACAAACCACUGGCUUGGGUACUGCUUUGAAGGUUUUAUUUGCUUAUGAAGAAAAAAGUUUACAUUACAAAUCGAAUCCCAAUCUUUUGAAUCACAAUGAAAUUGUGGCAUUAUUCAACACAUUGAAUCGAUUAUCGGAAAGUUUGGAAGCUAUUCAAAAGUUUAGAAAAUUAUAUUACAAUCAACUUCACCCUCCAGUCUCCCAAAUGCAAAAGGUAUCCCCUUAAAAAAAGCUGAGAAGAAAAUGUAAUUUGACUAAUGUUAUAUUUAUAUAGGUAAUUCAAGCAAUCGAUGGCAUCAAGGUGAAAUGGCUUCAAUGUGUACGACUUCUGUUGAACAAAUGGAAAAUGGAAUGGCAACUCCCAUUACCUUCCUUUUUGUAUGAUCUAACUGGUCCUUUAGUAUAAAUAGAUUUUGUACUUUUUUUUAAAUUAUAUUAUUACAUUGACAUCCUUCAUUACUUAUAGCAUUAGACAUAGCUUUUUUAUUUUAUUUUAUUUUAUAUACAUAUCUAAUAAACACACUUCUGACGUUCCUCUGGGGCUUUUAUCAAAAUGGCACGUUUUAUUUCGUUGGAAG